AUGACACAAGAGUACGACGAUCCGCCAGCGGAUGUGGAGAGGUCUGCCACGCCAGACGAGGCCUCGGACGCACCCCAAUUCUAUAACGAUGCUCGCGAUGUGUAUGGCAAGAUCUUUAGCACAAAUUUUGGGAUUUUAUGUGCGGGGUUUAAUGACUCCGCACUCGGAGUCUUGAUCCCUUACAUCCAGCCUUGGUAUAGUAUCGGUCUUCUCGAAAUAUCCUAUAUCUAUCUGGUCAAUUUCGUUGGCGGUUUCUCUGCAUCCUUCGCUAGCAUCCAUAUCUGUUCACAUCUAGGAACAGGCGGGACUCUGGUCGUGGGUGUCAUAGUACAAAAUGCCGGCUAUGCACUCAUGGUCUGGGCCCCGUCGUACGCUUUCUUCGUUGCGGCGUUUCUGCUCACAGGCUUCGGAGUCACACUUCAAGAUGCCCAAGCCAAUAGCUUCACCGUCACCGUCCGCAACUCCCAUCGUUGGCUAGGUGUUCUCCACGCAAUCUAUGGUGCCGGUACUAUCAUCGGCCCAUUGGUCGCCAACGCUGUCGCCACGUACACUCCGAGAUGGCAACUCUUCUACCUCGUGAACCUUGUCCUCGGAGUUCUGAACGUGUCAUGCAUAGCUUGGACCUUCCGCCACGGUCUCUUCAAGCCGAAUGUUGCCGGUGCAAAAGAAACUGCAGGCCGCGAGCUGCGGGAGACUUUGAGCCAUUCUGCAAUCUGGUACCUCACUGGAUUUUUCUUGCUCUAUGUUGGGGCCGAAAUAAAUCUUGGAGCUUGGAUAGUGCAGUUCCUAGUUGAGGUGCGCAAUGGCGAUCCAGAAAAGGUUGGCUACGUUGCAUCCAUCUUCUGGGCUGGCUUUACCUUAGGCCGCAUCGCUUUGGCAGAUGUGACCCAUCGGUUCGGCGAGAGGCGUAUGGUUUUCAUAUACAUCGCACUAGCUUUGGCGUUCCAGCUUAUGUUCUGGCUGAUUCCAAACAUUAUUGCCAACGCCAUCUCGGUUUGCUUGCUAGGAUUCUUCAUCGGCCCAUUCUACCCAGUCGGACUGUAUGUUAUCACCACUGUCCUUCCGCAAGAGCUCCAUCUCGGGGCAAUAGGAUUCACCGCCAGUUUCGGAUCCAUUGGCUGUGCUAUAUUCCCUUUCCUGACCGGAGCGAUAGCUUCGCGCGCGGGAGUAGAAGCCCUGCACCCGAUUAUGAUAACCUUGCUUGUUGGCAUGACUAUCUUUUGGGCGUUCGUUCCGAAACAGGGACGUAUACAGCUGACAUGA